AAAAAUAAAAGAAUCCAAAAAUGGAAAUUGGACCCGUCUAUAAUUUAAAGCUUCAAGUCCGUCUUUAUCCCUCUUUUCCAGAUCUGAUCCGAAGAAGAACCCGGACAAGCUACUUGUGUAGAAGUUGAAGCUAGAGAUCAUGGGUCGUGGAGUUAGCAGUGGUGGUGGACAGAGCUCUUUAGGCUACCUAUUCGGGAGUGGAGAAGCUCCGAAACCGGCUGCAACCACGAAUGGCACUAGCUCUUCCACCAGCAGUAGUUCCAAGGAUGCAGAAUGAGUUGCUAAGGAAACCCCACAAAAGUCCACUACUGCUUCACCUUCACCGCCUCCUGGUGUUGCUAAGGAGAUCCCUGCCGGCAUUCCCGGGAACACUACUAUUACGAACAACUAUUUCCGUGCUGAUGGCCAGAAUUGUGGCAACUUCCUAACGGAUCGGCCUACGACGAAGGUUCAUGCUGCUCCGGGCGGCGGAUCCUCCCUGGAUUACCUGUUCGGCGGUAAUGGUAAGUGAGGCUUGGAUAUUUAAACGUUUGAAUCACUCCUUAAUUGCUGUCUUAAAAACCCUCAGAAACUUGAGGGAAACAAUUGUACUAUGAGUCUGUUAUAUGUGAAGAUAUUUUCAGUUGUGGUGGUGUACAACGUAAUACUGCUGGAGUGCUGGGGGGUUUAUUCGUGUUUA